CCCUCCGUCACCCAGCUGCUACCACCUCCAUCGGUGUGCCGUGUCCUGUCACCACCACUCCUCUCUGCUCCUGCCUGCUGCUGCUGCUGGAAAAUGGCGGCCUCGGUCUGUGUCAACAUCCAGAUGCUGCUGGAAGCGGCGGAGUAUCUGGAGCGGAGGGAGAGAGAAGCUGAGCAUGGGUAUGCUUCCAUGUUGCCUUACAAUAGCAAGGAGAGGGAUAGCUUGAAAAGGAAAAGCAAAUCGAAAAAAAGCAGUAAUAGCAGGUCAACCCAUAAUGAAAUGGAGAAGAACAGGCGAGCUCAUUUGAGGCUUUGUCUUGAAAAGCUUAAGGUGUUGGUACCACUAGGGCCUGAAACUAAUAGACAUACCACCUUAAGUCUGUUGACCAGAGCGAAGUUACACAUAAAGAAACUUGAAGAUUGUGACCGAAAGUCACAGCACCAAAUAGAGCAGCUACAGCGGGAGCAGCGACACCUGAAGAGGCAGCUAGAAAAAUUCGGGGUUGACAGGAUACGAAUGGAUAGUAUAGGAUCCACAGUGUCAUCCGAGAGAUCAGAUUCUGAUCGGGAGGAGAUUGAUGUGGAUGUAGAGAGCACAGACUUUUUAACCGCGGACCUGGACUGGAGCAGUAGCAGCAGCAGUGCCAGUGACUUAGAUGAGAGAGGAAGUCUGCAGAGCCUUUGCAGUGAUGAAGGGUAUUCCAGCGCCGGAAUUAAAAGGCUAGAACUAAAAGACAAUCCAAAAGCCAGUGUUACACUAUAAACCACAAGUAAGGGGAGGGGAGGAAGUUCCAAAUGUCCCAGCAAUUCUUCCCCCUCCUUUCCAGUGCUCCAACGUCAGAGACUGUCUUAUCUAGUGACUGCAUUCACACCAUAAUCUUGCACGUGAAAUUGCCCACUCAGACUUCCAGCUCUCUCAGUUUUGCCUCCCAUACCCAGAGCUCCUGAGAGGUGUGUGGGUGUCAGUUUACAUUUUAAAUCACACCCUGUCCCAUCCACUAGUUGUCCUCCGGGAAACUACAUUCCAGAAACACGCAAAGCACUGAAAGAGAAAAAAAUACAUAUAUAUUUAUGUGUAUGGGGAGCAACUGUACUGCAAUGAUAAAGAUUGACUGCAAAUGCCGGAGUGAGUGUGUACUGCUCACUUGCUGUGUCUGUCAUCUCCACCCACUAGAUUUGACCAAGCACAAAGGUCUUGGUAUCACCCUGCAACACCGAAACUUUCUUGCAUCACCUGGAAUACACGUCUGGGAGCGGUAUGAAGGAUUUAUGGUUAGAGCAUCUUGCUGCGUUGCAAGGCCUUUCAGUUUACAG